AUAAGCCCCCGCUAGAAAUUUUAUGUUCCCAGAACAUCCCCAUUGGUGUUAAGGACGUUGCCUAGUAACAUUCCCAGUAUGUCACGAUGUGAAGUUCUUUUAAGGGUUGGGGGAUGUUAUUUGGCGGACCUUCACAGAACAUUCAGGUUGUUCUCUGAACAUUUAGGGAACCAUAAUUUAUAUGAGGGAGACAUUACCUGGUGGACUUUUACAGAACAUAUAGGACAUUUUUUGAACAUUUAGGUAACCAUAAAUUAUUUGUGGGGGGGAUGUUAUUUGGCGGACCUUCACAGAACAUUCAUGAUGUUUAUGAUUUAGGGAACCAUAUUUUAUUUGGAAAUGUGAUGUUCUCAGAAUGUUCUCAGAACAUCCCUGCUGCCCUUGUCAAAAAAUUGAAUAUUAGAGCUAAAUUGACUAACAAAAGCAACUGCUCAAACAAACACGAUAAAAUUAAGGUAAAAAAAAUAAAAAAAUAAUUUAAUGUCUAACAAAAAAGUGCACUUUAAAGGUAUUUCCUGGAUUGUUGUAAUAAUACCUUUUUCUGUAAAAUACAAAUCUCUUGCAGUAAGUCAUUAGCUGACAACAGCACAUGUAUGAACUAAUGUAACUACUGUAUCACUGCAUCAGCAACUACACAGUUACCGUCUUUAAAUAAAGCAACAUGCGGCAGAACAUCAAUGUUUCUGGAUCAUCACUGACUGAAGCACAGGCUCUACUCUUCAGCACAAUGGUAACCUCACAAAACUCAGAUAACAGAAACAACAUUAAAAACUAACAGAUCUCUCUAGAUCUCUGCAUCUUCACUUAUUAUAAACCAGUCUGACUUUAAUUCUUUCAUACCUUUGGAGAGAAUCAAUGAAUCAGGACACUUGAUGAUGAUGGAAUGACCUUCAUUAAAUAACCAAAUUCAUCUGAUCAGAAUUGUUCUUACAAUUUUAGCUGUACCAAGCAUAUCUUGAAUUAAGAGCCCUAAAGCAAAUGCUCACCUCCAUAACAGUGACUUCAUACUUUAUUAUUUUCAAUAAAACAUCAACAUCUAAACCUCUGUUAAUUCUCAUUAAGAAGUUUUGUAUGAAAGAAAUAAUGUCAUACAGGUUUGUAAUAAGUGUGGAUGCUGAGAUCUAGAUCAGUGGUUCUUAAACCUGUCCUGGAGUUCCACCAGCCCUGCACAUUUUGUUCAUCGCCAUGUAUCUGACACAUCCAGUCUCUACUAAUGAGCUCAUGAGGUGAAUUUAAAUUAGACAUUAGAUAUUAAAGGAAUAUAAAUUAGAAUAUUUUACUUUAAUUUUACUGUUUUUGUUUGCUAGCCGCUUUUGCCAGUCAUUGAUCAUUUUUAAAAAAAUGUUUUUAAUGAUCUUUGCCAUGCCAUGCCAUAAAAUAACCAAAAUGGAACGCACUUUCAUUACCAAAAGAGGACUUUUUAGGAAUGUCCCUAAUGUUCUAUAAAGGUUUGGAACUUUCGUCACCUUUAGAGAACUAUUAGGCAAAUAUUAUUGCGCAACGCAAGUUCAUGAGAACGUUGCCUUCUACGUGGGAGCAACACAAAAAUUGAUCAGAAGUGAUCAUGUCAUAAUACGAAUUUACAGUUGUUGUUUUUUUUGGUCUAAAACAGCCAUAAUAUAUGUACUGUUAAAUCAUGUAUAAAUAAUAAAAAAAUCAUUUUUAUCAGGGACUCAAUCAAAUUUUCACUGUAAUUUCAAUACAUGCAUCUGUACUAAUUUCAGAUGUACAUGAACAAUGGAACUAUUGUAGUGAUUGAUUGUGGAUUAUUUCUCUUUCAGUUAGAUAAUUAUUUCUUACUUCUUAGCCAAACAUAACAGUGGGUGUUUGCUUUUUGUACAAUCAUUGGAGGAAUCUACUCAAUGUUGUUCCACAUCUUUACUUUAUGAGAUGGUCCUUCACACACAAGGAAUGAAACAGUGGGAAUAUCACAAAUCAAAAUAGUACACACUAAUAUAUGAUAAUGUUUCUGAAAUGAACUUUUGACAUUUUUUAUUAUUGCUUAGCUAGAUAUUGCUUAGUUAGGUUCUUUGAUUAUAAUACUUUACAACACCAGACCUUCUAUUUACUCUAUUAUCCUAACGUCCUCAUCUUAUAUACAUGUACACAUAUUUAAGCGCUCUAUAGCAAUGUGAGAAAAGGGAAAGGUAUUAUAGGUGAAAUUCCAAUCACAAUCAUCCAUAAAUGAAAGUAAAACCAACUUGUCUUGGCUUGCAACUAUUUUCAGUGUAGGGUGUAGGGUUAAACCAGUAUGUUGUGUGAGACUGGAAUCAUUCUCCUCUCUUACUGGAUGUGUUUUCUUCCUGUUUUAGAACAGAAACAUGGCAGCUAGAGGUUGCAAUGACUUUCAGCUUGUUAUCCCUGAAAGAGGUGAAAGAGUUAAGAUUAAUUCAAGAUCUACUCUCACUGUGUCAUGUCAGUUGUCACCUGCAAUCAGUGCUGUUGACAUGGAGGUUACUUGGUAUGGUGGGACGUCUUGUGUUUGCACAUAUAAAAACAGAGAGAUGACACAGGGUGUUGACUAUGAAGGCAGAGCCAGUCUGUUCAUUCAUGACCUGAUGAAAGGGAAUGUGUCUUUGAGAGUGACAGACUUCAGAGAGUCUGAUCUGGGAGUUUACAUGUGCCAGGUCACCAGUCAAAAUACAACACAGCAGAUAACAGUAAAUGUAGCAGAAGAAGUCUCUGCCAUUUUCAAGGACCAGCACUUCUUUACAGUGGAUUACAAAGUGGGGGACACAAGCAAUGAGUUAUCAAACCAAUCUGCAUAUCACAGAGAUUCAGACCAUCAGCUUGAGGAUUACAAGAUGGGAAACACAAGAUACAAGUUAUCGAUCCGCUAUGCAUAUUGCAGUGCUUCAGGGAAGGAUCAACAUAAGUCAGCUGUCACUACUUUGCUGCGAGGCCCUGGGGAGGCACGAGGCCAUGUGCGGUCGCACACUUGGCAUAGCCCUUGUGACGGUACUGGUUACAAUGGAGAAACCGACAAUGAAUUAUCAUCCCAGGACAUCACAUCUCAUCCAAGCCAUCCAGACAACAAGCAGUCUGGGGAUAACAGAAUGAGAACAGCAAAAAUACUAUCAAGUCAAGCUUCAUAUCACAAUGAAUCAAACAGGAGCCAACAUGGGGUGGAAGUCUUGAGCAACAAUAACUUUCAGCUUGUUGCUCCCAGUACAGCAGAAGAACCAGAGGUUUCUUUUGGGUCUGAUUUCAUUAUUCCAUGUCACUUGUCUCCUGGAAUCAGUGCUCUUGAUAUGGAGAUCAGGUGGUCUAAGGGUACAGCCAGUGUUUGCCUGUUUAAGGACAGGCAGCUGACAGAAGGAGUUUGGUUCAAGGGCAGAGUGUGUCUGUUCAUGACGCACAAGCUCAGAAAAGGAAAUGUGUCCUUACAUCUGAAAAACUUCAUGUUAUCAGAUGUUGGAAAUUACCAUUGUCAGGUCAUCAGUAAAGACAGAAGUGAGGAGAUAAAUGUAAGAGUAAGGAUAAAUCCUGGUGUUGAACCUGUGAGUCAGUCAGCAAUUCAAGAUGGAAAUGCUCAGUUAAUGCUACAUGAGGAUAAAAUGACAAGGAAACCAUCCAACGAAUUAGCAAGGCACACUUCUCAUCGCAGCGAAUCGGAUAAGAAACAACAUGGGAAUUACAGCAUGGGAGUCUCAAGCAAUGAUAAUUUUCAACUUGUCAUUCCACAAACAACUCAAGAAGCAACAAUUUCUAUGGGAUCUGAAUUCUUUGUUCCUUGUUCCUUGUCUCCUGAAAUCUGUGCCACUGCCAUGCAGAUCAAAUGGUUUAAGGAAACAGAAUGUGUUUGCUUAUACAAGAAGAAUCACAUGAUUGAGGGGAGGGCUUACAAAGACAGAGUGAGUCUCGUCACUCAUGAGCUGGAGAGAGGGAAUGUGUCCUUACAUCUAAGUAACUUCAGUGUCUCAGAUGUUGGCGAUUACUAUUGUCAGGUCAUCAGCAGAGGCAGAACAAAAGAGAUUACAGUAGGGGUGAGGACAAAACCUGAAGUUGAACCUGUGAGCCUGUCACCAACUUCUCAAGACCGAAGUAUUCAGCUAAUGCUGUUUGAGAUAGAAAAAAUAUGGACUGAAGAGGAGACAAACAAAAUGGAUGAAUCUGCUCUAAUGACAGAGAUGAAAGUGAACAAUGUGCAGGAGCUUCAAAAAAUGUUGAUUAAGGCUUACACAGAAAAAGACAGACAACUGGAAAGAACUGAACAGGACUUGAGAGAGACCAGAAUGGACUUGGACAGAGUCUUAAGACUCAGUCCUCAUGCUCAGUUUCUGGACAACCCAAAUCAUUUUUAAUUGCCAAGAAAUUUACCUAACGUUUUUUAUUAUUAUUAUUACAAUUGAUUUUUUUUUUUUUUUUUUUUUUUUUUUUACAAUUGAUAGUAAUUUUAUUAUAAUCAAUAUUUCAGAUUUGUUUUUUUUCCUCCAUUUCCUCCAUUAAAUAUUUUAUCCUAUCAAUCAAUUUACACUUAUAAUUAAUGUUUAUUUGUAAAUUUCUAUAAAAUAAAAUAAAGCAUCUUAAAAAAAACGGUCAUUCAUUUGUUCAUUAAUGAAUUAUGUCCGUGAAAUAGGAUUUCUUUAUAUUAGGAUUUCUUUAUUCUCCGAUUAGCAACAUAUUAUUUUCAACCAAUUUAGCAAUAACGUGGUGUAUUGUUCUCCUUAGAAGGACUUAUAAACAACAGCAUAUCACAGACAUCCGUCAGAAAUGUGAGCUGUUGUAAUUUUCACUUUAACGACAAAUACGGACAUUCAGAACUCAUUUUCAUGAGGUGAAAUUAAUAGGGUUAGACAGAUUAUUUAUUUAUUUAUUUAUUUAUUUUUUGGAAAAUGUAUUUCCAUGAGCGUAUAAUGUUCACAUAACAAACCAAGGACUGGGGUUCCCUCAGUUUGAUUUAUCAGAUUACUUGGCGUCAUUACAUCAUUACAACGGAACGCCAGUGCCCCUGCGUGGACACAGUAGUGUAGUGCAGCAUCUCACACAUUUAACCCUCUACUGCACACGUUGAUGGCAUAUGAAAAAAAAAAAAAAAUUCCACAUCAUUUUUUUUUUUUGGUUCAUUUUGGAACAUUUCUUUGAUAAAUAAUA